AUGCCGCCCAAAAAAGGCAAGAAAGUUGUUGGCUAUCAGAAAGCAGAACCUAUCGCGCCUGGGUUUGUCGUCACAGAUGCGAGAAAAGUUUCUUAUGUCACUGGCGAAGCUGUUGGUGAAGGUGGAUUCGGGUUGAUUUAUCUUGCGGACGUUCAAGGUCGUCAAGUUGAUAUCGACAAUGCUCGAUACGUGAUGAAAAUAGAGCCGAAAGCGAACGGUCCUCUCUUUCAAGAGAUCAACUUUUACAAUCGGCACUGCAAAGAGAGUGACAUCGUCAAAUUCGCAAAAGAAAAAAAGAUAGGCGUUCUUGGAAUUCCUAAAUUCAUGUCUUCCGGAGUCAUCGCGUACAACGGGAACGAUCUGCGAUAUCUGGUCAUGCAGCGCUUUGGCCGAGAUUUGCAGAAAGUUUUUGAUGAGAACGGCACUUUCAGUCGACAGCUGAAUGCGCAAAUUGCGACCAAAAUGCUGUACUCGCUGGAGUACAUGCAUAGGAAAAGAUAUGCGCACGCAGACAUCAAAGGCGCGAAUAUAUUGCUCGGUAACGAAGUAAAUGCUGACAAAGAGGAGCUCUAUUUGAUUGAUUUCGGUCUUGCAUACCUUCUGCCGGCGAAUCCUAUUGAGAGACCCGAUCCAAAGGCUCGACAUGACGGAACUAUCGAAUACUGCUCAACUGAUGCUCAUUCGGGUUGCAAACCUUCAUUUCGAGGCGAUUUAGAAAUCCUCCUGUGGAAUCUUGCACACUGGGCAUCUGGAGAUCUCCCUUGGUUGACAUUGAUCAAAGAAGGCAUGCCUGAUAGUCAGAAGGAAAAGGUUGCAUCGCUCAAGAGAGAAAUGCUCGCGAACUCAGAUCAAUUUAUGUCGGAUCUGGGUAUAGAAGAUCACAAAGAGAUAAAACAGCUGAUGAAGUAUAUCGGUGCGAUGAAGUACUCUGAUGAGGUAGACUUCAAAAAAGUACGCGCUUUCUUCGAGCCACAGCUUCCUUCUGGAAACAAGCUUGCCUUCAAGCAGAUCAAGUCACGAAAGAGUUUCGUUCCUGGAAAAAAGUUGCCAAAAGUUCAGCGAACUAUCACCCCUGCACCUCGGAAGGCCCCUUCGAGAGUGACACCAGCUAAACCUAAAGCGAGUUCGAGAAAAACAACUAUCGCGAACAAAUCAACAGCAGAGAAGGUGAAAAUAGCUGGCCGACAAGGACGUGCGACGACAUCUGUAAUUGAUGAGUCCAGCGACGAGGAAAUAAGCUUCUCUCGAUCUCGUUCUCGAAACGAGAAAACUCGAAAGAAGUCAAACGAGGAAGAAGACGAUGAUUAUGACCCAUCAUCAUCGAAAAAGAAAGCGGCAACCAGAUCGCGACAGACCAAGCGAGCAAUGAAAACCUCUACCGAGGAAGACUCCACCGAAAUGACUGUCCCUGUUAAGCAACGGGCAAAGAAGCAAGCAUUGAGCACUGGUAGUCCAGCUGUUCGAGGAUCAUCGACUCGUUCGAGGCGCAAUCUGAGCGAACAAAAGAAACACACAGAAACGAUUGCGGAGACGUCUGAAGAUGAUAUCCCGAAGGAGACCCCAAAGAGGUCUACAAGGAAGAAAGCGAGCACCGUCGAAAAAGUGCAGGAAGUCAAAACGAGGAAAGUCACAGACAAACUAGCAAAAAUGAGAGAACUGAGAGACGCUCAACUUCAGAAGGCGAAAGAAGAAAAGAAAAAAGAAAGUUCAUUCUCUUCAUUCGAAGAAGAUCAGGAAAAUAUUCCACCGAUUGUCGAGGAAAUUUUGGACGAGAGCGCAGAUAUUCAGGCCAAAAAGGGGGUCAACCUAAACUUCUCUUUGGAUGCAGAAACAACAAUGGAGGAUAUUGCUUCUUCCGAAGAGGACGAAGACCCACCGUUGCCAAAAGUUCCGAAAAGAGGGAAUAGAAGUUUGGCGGAAUCCUCUUCUGAUGUCAGGUACAGUCGCAAGAAAAAGGGAAGAGCCCCUGAAAAGAAGCUCAAGAAUGCAGAGAGACCUCUACCGACUCUCCAGGGGCCGUUUCCCCCCGAGGAACGGACGAUUAAAACUCCGGUUACCUCUUCUGCUGCACCAGCUACUCCCCCUUCGGCCUCUCCAAUAACCUCACCAGCAGGACCACAGAGCACUCCUCCUGUGCAUGAGGAUGCAGUCAAGCUCAGUACUCGGAGUAAUAACUUGGUCCCCGGGUUUUCUGGUUAUGUGCUCCCCAAGACAUGGGCGAACCUUAAUCCAACCGGUCAGACAUACGAGGGGCAUGAUACUUAUUCGGUGCAGUGUGAACAUAAUAGCCAACUCUCGGAUCUGCACUGCAUCCAACUUACAGGCGCAGCGAAGGAUAAGAUAAUCGAGGAAUCAGUACGAGCUGCAGAACAGCUCGAAAUUAAUAAAGAGCGCCAGAGCUUGAUCGAUGCAACGAACGAGUUUCUGAAUUUGCCGGGGAUUUUGACACAUUGUCGUUGUGGGAUCUGGACAAUCCGAAUGUCAAAAUUACUUUUGACGAGAAGAUUGGCCCGAUAA